CGUUUCCCGAAUUCUGAUUAGUUGAUUCUUCUUCCUCAAUCCGUUCUUCCCAAACUUGUUGCCGAUUUUUGGAUCCGGUCAUCAACUUUGUUGUUUAUUUGUCAUCAAUGCAAAAAUUGAGAGCGUCUGUGUUUUCACUUGCAUGUUAUCAAUUCCUAAUGUUGUUUGCCGUUUCAUUAACCGGAUUCGAGACUCUUCCCGCUGGAUUUCUUUUUUUCACGUCUUCUUUUCUAUUUUUUAUGGAUUUGGUAUUUUGACAUGUUAAGCAACCUUCGUUAAUCAGUUUAAAAUCGGUGCUUUCCGAAAUUUUUAGAAGAAACAUGGAAGCUUAAAAUUUUGAAAUUGCUAUUUGGAAAAGCUAUCAUUUCAUAGGCUUAGUCUUUAAAUUGAUCAAAAUGGGAGAAGCUGGUCAAUCCAGAGACGGAGAAUCUGUCACGCCUCUUGUUGGCGGUGGUAAUGGGGACAAUGCGGUUGCACCACAAGUGUUUAAUUCUUUACCAGCUCUUAAUGAAGCUGCUUCUUAUAUAACUCAAGCAACGUCUUACUUAGGGAGCUGUUUUUCUGACUAUUCAGUAGAAUAUGGUGGCAAGGAUACUAUUUCCCACCCCCAUGAGUUGUUACGAUCAACUUCCGGAGUUGACGGGAAUUCCCCAGUGAGUGUAUGCAUUUCGCCUGGUGAAAGGUUUUCAACUUCUUCAGAGGCAUCUACAUCUGAUGCCAACAGCCCGUCGAGGGAAUCUACAGAGAUUCUGCCACAGGCAACAAAUGCAAUAGUGACUUCGAAUCGGUUAAAUUUAAAUGGAAUUUCAAUGUUCCAAGGGCUCAUUGAGCGGGCACGGAGGACUGUUCGUGGCUCGGCAGAUGACAUAGGAUGGUUACAGCGUGCCCCGGAGAUGCCUCCUGUUGAAGAUGGAACUGAUAGGUUCAAUAAAAUUCUGGAAGACAUCGGGCAUGGUGUACACAGGCUUCCAAAUACAGUGGUGUACUUAUUGGUUCCAGGUCUUUUCAGCAAUCAUGGACCUCUAUAUUUUGUGGAUACGAAAACGAAAUUCUCAAAGAUGGGUUUGGCGUGUCAUAUUGCGAAGAUUCACAGCGAGUCCUCGGUUGAGAAAAAUGCGAGAGAGAUAAAGGAAUACAUAGAGGAACUCUGUUGGGGAUCUAAUAAGCGGGUUCUACUUCUUGGGCAUAGCAAAGGAGGCAUAGAUGCAGCUGCUGCUUUAUCACUAUACUGGCCUGAACUAAAGGAUAAGGUCGCUGGGUUGGUACUGGCGCAGAGUCCAUAUGGUGGAAGCCCAAUAGCUACAGAUAUCCUCCGUGAAGGACAACUAGGUGAUUACGUCAAUUUGAGAAAGAUGAUGGAGAUUCUAAUCUCCAAAGUCAUAAAGGGUGACAUUCAAGCAUUGGAAGAUUUAACAUACGAGAGAAGAAAAGAAUUCUUGAAGAAUCAUCCGCUUCCCCGAGAACUCCCCACGGUUUCAUUCCGCACAGAAGCUAGCAUUAGCCCAGCGGUUCUAUCCACUUUAUCACACGUAGCACACGCUGAACUUCCUCUGACAAACCAAGCCGCAAAACUGCCAGUGGUAAUGCCACUUGGUGCUGCAAUGGCUGCUUGCGCUCAGCUACUUCAAGUCAGAUACGGUGAAAAGAGUGACGGGCUAGUGACUUGCUGUGACGCAGAGGUUCCUGGUUCUGUGGUUGUUAGACCCAAACGUAAACUAGACCAUGCCUGGAUGGUGUACUCUUCCUUGAACGAGGUUCCUUUAGAAGCUGAUGCUGCUCAAGUUUGUGAAGCGCUCUUAACUUUGCUUGUCCAAGUUGAGCAAGAGAGGCAACAAAAACUCGCAACAAAAAUCGAUUGAUAAACCAAAUUGUUUUAUUUCUACUUUCGUCUUGAGACUUCAAAUUACUGUAUUUGUUUCUAUCUUUUUGUUUUAUUUCUUACUAAUUUACUAUCAGGUUUGAAUCACACGAUAACAAAAAAAUUAUUACAAACGGUAGAUUUUAUAUUUAUAAGACUACUUAAUUUGCUUCUUUUUUUUUCUUUU